UGUCUUCAAAACAGUCUGUGUGUGUGUCUCUCUCUCUCUGCUGCGUAUGUUAGUGAGAGAAAAUGGUGUCGUGUCAUUUACUAAACUCUGUUUCUAUGACGUGGUUAAUUACGCUUCUGCCAUCCGGUCGUUGCAAACUCACACUAUUUUAUAAUUCUGUAAUCAAUCGAAAAGCGAAGCACUCCUUAUUUUAGUAAUCCUUCCAAAUCAUCACUUCUCUCUCUAUCCCCAAUUUCUCAGUUUCAGAGCGAUCACAGAUCUCUCUUUCUCUCUCUAUCCCUCUUUGUUCUUUAUGUUACUGUCAUUCCAUCAAAAGUGACACAAAGGUAUAUAUAUAUAUAUACACACACACAAAUAUCAAAUAUGUACGUGUGAGGUCUAUGAAAUGGGGAUUUGAUUCAACGAAUUUGAAUUCCUAUAUCAGAAUGCGAGUGAAGGAAAUGCAUCCACUGUGCUGCAUCUCGCUGGAGAGUCCGGGAAUCGGAGACCGGUCGCCGGAGAUGACCAUGUCUAGGACCGUCUCUGCUUCUCCGGCGGCGAUAUUUCCCGGCGGAUCGGACGGUAACGCUGGACGGACGGGGGUUUCUGAAGCGAGCUUCGCUGGAGUUCUUUACAAGUGGACGAAUUACGGCAAAGGAUGGAGAUCCAGGUGGUUUUUGUUGCGUAACGGAGUGCUAUCAUACUGCAAGGUUCUCCGGCCGGAGAAUCUCGCUCUGUUGCCGGCCGGAGACGAUGUCAGAAUGAUCGGCGAGGUCUCAUCUGGUCGGCUCUCGCGUCGCAAGCACCAUAAAACGGUUGGCAUCGUUCAUCUCAAGAUUUCUUCAUUUCGGGAGAGCAAGUCGGACAACAGGCGAUUUUACAUAUUCACUCCUACAAAAACCCUUCAUCUCAGAACUAACUCAAAUAAAGAACGAGAGGCUUGGAUAGAAGCUCUGGUUUCGAUCCGAAGCCUAUUUCGGCUAAGACCGUUGAAUGACAAUCUACUCCUCGUACCAAAUGAUAUUUCUAUAUCAACUGAUAGGCUCAAAAAUCGCUUGCUUGAAGAAGGGAUCAGUGAGGUACUUGUAAAGGACUGCGAGCAGAUCAUGCUUUCCGAAUUUUCAGAAAUACAAGGACAAUUUAAAGUUCUAUGUGAAGAGCGUUCCAAUUUGCUCGACACCUUAAGGCAAUUAGAGGCAGCUAAUUUUGAAGCUGAAGUUUCAGGAAUUCAUGAUAGCGAAUAUCAGUUGAUAAAGCAAGGAUAUUCGAGUUUAGGGCAUGGAAGAUAUAUUGAAUGCAGCACAACUGAAUCAUCCGAUGAUACUGAGAAACAAGAGUUUGAGGAAGUGUCAGAUGAAGAGGAAACCUCCUUUUUUGACACUAUAGAAUACUUUCUGGAACCAACUGACUGUUGCGGCUCUGUAACUGAAGUUACUGUUCAUGUGGAUAAGCAUGUGGGGAUUGAAAGUCAAAAUGAUAAAAUGAAGAUGAAUGCUGAGAAGGAAUUUGACUAUAGAUGUUCACAAAUUGAAAGGCGAAAGAAGCUUCCAGAUCCAGUUGAGAAAGAGAAAGGGGUCAGUCUUUGGUCUAUGAUUAAAGACAAUGUUGGAAAGGAUUUGACUCGAGUUUGUCUCCCCGUGUAUUUUAAUGAACCAAUAUCAUCCCUCCAAAAAUGUUUUGAGGACUUGGAGUACUCUUAUCUUUUGGAUCGAGCAUAUGAGCAUGGAAAAGCGGGCAACAGUCUCCUAAGAGUUUUGAAUGUUGCUGCUUUUGCGGUUUCUGGAUAUGCUUCAUCUGAAGGGCGUCACUGUAAACCCUUCAAUCCUUUGUUGGGUGAAACUUAUGAAGCCGACUAUCCUGAGAAAGGAAUUCGCUUCUUCUCCGAGAAGGUCAGUCAUCACCCAACCCUCAUUGCCUGCCAUUGUGAAGGUAAAGGGUGGAAAUUUUGGGGUGACAGUAAUCUUAGAACAAAAUUUUGGGGAAGGUCAAUUCAGCUUGACCCUGUUGGAAUCCUAACUGUAGAGUUUGAUGAUGGCGAGAUUUUCCAAUGGAGCAAGGUGACAACAACCAUUUAUAAUCUCAUACUUGGUAAAGUAUAUUGUGAUCACCAUGGGACAAUGCACAUACGUGGUAAUCGCCAAUAUUCAUGCAAACUCAAAUUCAAGGAACAAUCUUUUCUUGACCGAAAUCCUCACCAGGUUCAUGGAUUUGUUGAAGAUGUCACUGGGAAGAAAGUAGCCACGUUAUUUGGGAAGUGGGAUGACAGCAUGUAUUAUGUGAAUGGAGCUGAGACUAACAAGCCAAAGGAUUUAUCAGAUGUACCUUUGUUGUGGAAAAGUAUUAAGCCACCACUUAAUCUCACUCGGUACAACAUGUCGUCAUUUGCGAUUACACUAAAUGAGUUGACAUCAGGGUUGCAGGAGAAACUUCCACCAACUGAUUCAAGACUAAGACCAGACCAAAGGCAUCUAGAGAAUGGGGAAUAUGAGAAGGCAAAUGCAGAGAAGCUAAGGUUGGAGAUGCGGCAAAGAAUGUCGAGGAAAUUACAAGAAAACGGGUGGAAACCAAGAUGGUUCCAGAGAGAGGGCGAAGAUGGACCUUUUAGCUAUGUAGGUGGUUACUGGGAAGCACGGGAGCAGGGAACAUGGAACGGAUGCCCAAAUAUUUUUGAUGAAUAUAAUGAAGACACUAUUAACUCCUUUGAAAGGUCCUGAUUUGAGCAAAGGUCAUGCAGGAUGAAUGCCAAAAUUUUCAGGAGGGUGGCGGAGCAACUAGUGCACAUAGGUAGCCUAAAUUUUCCUGAUUCUAUAUCAGUUUGCUAUAUAUGAUUGUUCCAAGGAUGACAGAAGUUGAACCACAAGGGACGUACGGGAACGAAGAAAAAAUCUCAGUCGACUGUGGUAGAUAUGAGUCAAAUUUACUCAUAGUUGUAACAUGUUGGUUUGUCAUUUCUGCCUCAAGGUGUAAUGGUGUAUUUCUCUCACUAUAUAUAUAUAUGUGUGUGUGUGUGUGUGUGUGUGUGUGUUGUAGUUGCUAGCCGCUGGCUGAUUGUUUAUUUAGAUAAUUCUAUGCUUCUUCUUGGGUUAGAAAUAAAAUUCAACUCCUUAAUUAUUGAAUU